UUUCAAGGCUAGGUGACAGGAGACUUGCGGUUUAGCCGCUAGUCAACGGAUGGGGGGAGUGGUAGCAAAAACAUAAAAAUGGGGACAAGAGAGAAACUGGAGACCCCCCAACGUGUCUGUUUCCGCCCUUUUACCGUCUGAGGGAAAAAAAAAACGCAUUCUUUCCUUGGGAAAUGCAGGAAGCCAGCAAGCGGCCGGCGUCUCCGGAGCCCGCAAGGAGGCGUGUUGGCUGCGCAGAGAGCGCGCUUCCAAGCUGGAGAGCCUAGGAACGGUGGCGCGGGCGGAGGCGACAGCGAGGACCCAAGGCUGGGGUUUCCUGCUUGGAUCAGGAGUGCCUGGGGACUCUGCCUCACCUGCCUCCUUGAAGGAAACACGGGGAAGCCAGGACUGGCCGUCGCAUUGGUGACAAAUAUGUCCCAGGACUCGGUGACCUUUGCAGACGUGGCUGUGAACUUCACCAAUGAGGAGUGGACCCUGCUGGAUCCAGCUCAGAGGAAUCUCUACAGAGACGUGAUGCUGGAAAACUCUAGGAACCUGGCAUUCAUAGAUUGGGCGACUCCAUGUAAAACCAAAGACACAACCCCUCAGCCGGAUAUUCUUCCUAAAAGAACAUUUCCUGAAGCCAACAGAGUGUGUCUCACGAGCAUCAGUUCCCAGCUCUCCACAUUAAGAGAAGACUGGAGAUGCCCCAAAACAGAGGAACCACACAGGCAGGGGGUGAAUAAUGUGAAGCCACCUGUGGUUGCCCCUGAGAAAGAUGAAUCUCCUGUUAGCGUCUGUGAAGAUCAUGAAAUGAGGAACCACUCUACACGUACCUGCAGGCUUGUGCCUUCACAGGGAGAUUCCACAAGACAAUGUAUCCUAACACGUGACUCAAGUAUUUUCAAGUAUAAUCCUGUCUUAAACGAUAGUCAAAAAACACAUGAAAAUGACGAACACGAUGGAGGCUUGGGGCGCAACAUUCAGUGGGUUCCAUGUGAGAGAAAACCAGAGCUGAAAGCAAGCACAUGGACUGGCAGUCAGAACACUGGGCAUCAUAUAUGUGAUGACAUUGAUAUGGGAGCCAACAGGCACCAGCGGCCUCCAUUCGGAGAAGCUUUCCGUGAAGACGGCUCCCUUAGGGCACACAACACUCAUGUUCGAGAGAAAAUGUAUGAUUUUACUCAGUGUGAGAACACCUCCAGAAAUAACUCAAUUCAUGCCGUGCAGAUGCAGUCGUAUACCGCAGAGACAAACGAGAAGGAUUGUCAAACUGGAGCAACCUCUGCCAGCGCUCCAAAUUCCGGUUCACACAAGAGUCGUUGCACUGGAGAGAAAACCCAUAAAUGUCCCGAAUGUGGCAGAGCCUUUUUUUAUCAGUCAUUUCUUAUGAGACAUAUGAAAAUUCACACUGGAGAGAAACCGUAUGAAUGUGGGAAAUGUGGGAAGGCCUUUAGAUAUUCCUUACACCUUAAUAAACAUUUAAGAAAGCAUGUCGUGCAGAAGAAGGCCUACGAAUGUGAAGAAUGUGGGAAAGUCAUCAGGGAGUCCUCAAAAUAUACACAUCUAAGGAGCCACACUGGAGAGAAACCCUAUAAAUGUAAGAUAUGUGGAAAAGACUUUGCGAAGUCGUCAGGACUUAAAAAACAUCUUAAGACUCACAAAGAUGAGAAGCCCUGUGAAUGAAAGGAAGGUGGGAAAAUUUUCAUUAAUUUUCUAACUGUACUGAACAUGUGAGGAGGACAUAUUGGAAGGGAGCUCAAGGGGUUAGCAUGCAUGAGAACAUCUUCCCUGAACUCCCCUAUCUUACAGAAAUGUGAAAAAAAAAAAAAACCCUGUGAAGGUAAAGUCUACAGAAAGCCUUUCAUCUUCAUUCAUCUUGAGUAGACAUUUGUUCUCACCCUGGAAAGAAACUGCAAAUCUAAAAGGAAUAUGACAAA